UACUAUGAACAAUCAACUACCAAUAUAUGGAGUUGCAUUUGCGAAGCAGUGAAGGAAUCGAUUCAAAAGUCCGGCAUACCACGAAGCAACAUAAGAGGGUUCGAAUUUGAUGCCACCUGCUCUUUGGCCGUCUUUAGCAAGGAAAGCGGCACUCCAGUCUCUGUCAGCGGAUCAGAACUGAGCAAUGAUCAAAAUGUCAUUCUUUGGCUAGAUCCCCGCGCAGUUGAAGAGACAAAUACAAUAAAUGCGACCGGACAUCCUGUUCUCAAAUACGUCGGUAGUGCUAUGUCAGUUGAAAUGGAAAUCCCCAAGAUCCUCUGGCUCAAAAACAACUUGGAUCCGAGGAAAUUCCGUGAUUGCAAGUUUUAUGAUCUUAUGGAUGCUCUCACACAUCUAGCUACUGGGCAAGAGACUCGCAGCUACUGUAGUGCCAUUUGCAAGCAAGGUUAUCUUGCCUCUGGCGUUGACUCUCGUGAAGAGGGUUGGCAAUUGGACUUCCUGAGCUCGAUCGGUCUACAGGACCUUGCUGAGGAUAAUUUUUCUGGACUUGGUGGUAUUCACGGAAAUAAUGGCAAGUAUCUCAGUGCCGGUCAGUGCGUUGGGCCAUUGUCUGAAAGGGCCGCUGGCGAGCUGGGCAUGUCACCCGGGAUUGCCGUCGGUAGUGGAGUGAUUGAUGCGUAUGCAGGGUGGAUUGGUAGAGUUGGUGCAAAUGUCGACCUGGGACUCGGGAGUUCGGCAGACCAGAAGGGAGACGUUUCACAUCGGUUGGCUGUAGUGGCUGGUACAUCCACUUGCCAUCUAGCGAUUUCUAACAAAGAACUCUUCGUACCUGGAGUCUGGGGCCCAUAUCGAGAUUUUCUUUUCCUGGGCGCAUAUCUUGCUGAAGGUGGCCAAUCGGCAACGGGCGAACUCAUAAGAUAUAUUGUUGAAGGCCACCCAGCGUACUCGGGGACAGGCGGAAUUCAUGUUUACGAUUUCCUAAAUGACUAUCUUCUCAAAGAGGCCAAGCGAACGGACGCAGCAAGUGUAGCUCUGGUGGGCAAACACUUCUUUUUCUAUGGCGACCUCUGGGGAAAUCGAUCUCCAAUUGCAGACCCUCAAAUGAGCGGCGCAGUAAUCGGCUUAAAAAGCGACAAGUCAAUUCACGAUCUAGCUUUGCAUUACUACGGGACUCUGGAGUUCAUCGCUUUGCAGACACGUCAAAUAUACUAUGAACGAAUACGGAGAUCAAAUCUCGUCAAUCUUCAUACACAAAACGACCUCUUAGUUCAUCUAAUUGCUUCUAUUUGCAGGAUGCCCAUCGUAGUACCCGAAUAUCUCCAUGCCGCUGUCUGUCAUGGCUCCGCUAUGCUAGCUGCUAUGGCAGCCAGUGAUGCCUCAGGAACAGGUUCAAAGAACUUGUGGGAGAUAAUAAGUCAAAUGAGCAAGCCAGGUCGACUGGUAAAGCCUACCACCGACAUGCAGGAAGAAAGACUACUUCAGACCAAGUACGACAUAUUUUUGGAGAUGAGUCUGAAGCAGCGCGAGUAUAGAGCGCGCAUCAAUAAACAAGUCAAUUGA